AACCGUCACUCAGCCACCAGUAAGACAUACUUGUGGGUUUUGUGAAAAAAGGAAGGAAAAGAGCAGCAGCAACAACUCUGUAUGCUAGCCAAGUGAGUGAGUGAGUGAGUGCUGAACGGAAGUAUGGCUGCCUUGGCAUCUGCUGAUAAGAGAGGAGGUCCAGGGCAAGAGAAGUAGCUGCGGUUCUGUGAAGAAUGGAAAAGUUAGAGUGGUUAGUGGUGUUCGUGAAUUCCUUCACCUUCUGCAAUGCCAUCCUGGAACUGACUGGCACCCACAACAUUGAAGGGAUAUGGAAGAGUUCCAUCACCUUGCCAUGUGUCUACAGGCCUUCCCAGGACUUUGUGCAGCAAACAGUCAUUUGGACCUUGGACCGAGAUCAAAGCCCUGCUACCGUCUUUCGAAGGGAUAGUUCUGGCAAUCACAUCCUGUUGUCACAAUACAGAGGUAGGGUCAGCAUGCCAAAUAGCACGUCAGGGGAUGUCUCUCUUGAAAUUGAGAAGCUUGAAGUCACAGACCGUGGACACUACACUUGCAAAGUCACCUGGAGAACCCAGAACAAGAGCCUGCUAACAAGGGAGAGAACCACUACAGUUAAUGUUGUUAAAGUUGCAGUGACUAAACCCAUCAUCAGACCAGGCCCUCUGGGAUUCACUGUACCAAAAGGGGCUAGGACAAGCCUGACCUGCUCUACCAAUGGAUCCCCACCCAUCACCUACCGAUGGUUCAAGGGAGAGCCAGGAGGAAAUGCAGUGCAUGUGAGCAGUCACGCUGUACUCAUGUUUGAUUCUCUGCGAAUGUCUGACAUGGGGAAAUAUUACUGUGAAGCAGAAAACAGAGCAAGCUCACAAGUCAUACAGCAGAGUGAUGCAGUGCAGCUGACUGUGAGAGCCCUUACAAAACCAGCAACCAUGGUACCCUGCUCUGAGACCAAGGCGCACACCAUCGUCUCAGAAAGAGGUUACCAGAGGACCAGCCUGCCCCUCUAUCUCAUCAUCCUGAUCGUUGUGCUCUGUGUGGCUAUGGUGUUUGUUGUCAUUGUGGUCGUCUUGUGUAGGAGAAAGACCGAGAAGGAUAAUCCAAAUGAAGUAACAGAUCAUAACUCCAUGAACCUCACAAGAGGAGAUACUUGUUCAGGUGUCAAUGUCAAGUGCAUGUAUGAGGAAGCAAAAUCUAGAGGUGAAAACAACUAUACAUCACAGCCUGUGAAAGAGAAUGAAUAUGAGACAAUUGGCACAGUGAAAAACGACUAUGCGACUCUUGUGAAAGCAACAGCAUCUGAAUAUGAACUGGGGGAUGUUCCAUAGAAAACCAGCGUUUACACACCAGCAGCAGUGCAGAAGAUAGGGCUGUAGAGCUUGAAUGGUGACCAUUCAUUAAGGGAAGCCUUU